AAAGGGAGCCUUUGGUUAUCCGCUUCUCCACCAGCUUGGGGUCUCAAAACUUUCGAGAGAUGGCCGAGAUAGCCACGGUAAUUAUCAAGGUUGACCUGCAGUGCUGCACCUGCUCCAGGAAGAUCAAGAAAGCUCUGUGCAAGCUCCAAAAACGGUUCAACAUCCAAUCAAUCGUCUUUGACGAGAAGAAGAACACCGUCACAGUCUCCGGCCCCUUCAACCCUCAGUGCUUCAUCGAGAAGCUUCGCUGCCUCGCAUGCAAGGUGAUCAAAGACGUCCAGAUCAAACCGCCGCCGCCGCCGCCGACACCGCCGAAGCCACCGCAGCCGCCGCCGCCACCGCCGCCUGAGCAGAAGCCACCCGUGUGUGUUUGCCGGCCACCCGUGUGUGUUUGCCGGCCACCCGUGUGUGUUUGCCCGCCACCCGUGUGUGUUUGCCGGCCACCCGUGUGUGUUUGCCCGCCACCCGUGUGUGUUUGCCCGCCACCCGUGUGUGUUUGCCGGCCCCCGGUGUGGCCCGCCUGCUGCAAACAGCCGUGCCCCUGCUUCGAGCCGCGCCAAGGGUGCCGCCGCUGCUGCACCUGCGGCUGGAUCUGCGACGUCCCGUCAUUGCCACCAUGUAGGCCCAUUCCACUCCCGUUGCCGGAGGCCGUGGUGAGGCCGCCCAUGUGUGGUUUCCCGCCCACGGGGUGGCCCGUCUGCUGCAAACAGCCGUGCCCCUGCUUCGAUCCGCGCCAAGGGUGCCGCCGCUGCUGCACCUGCGGCUGGGUCUGCGACGGCCCCCCGUCGUCCGCCGCCUGCCGUCCCGGUUGCGAGGUUGGCGGCUGCAAGAUCAUCGUCGGGCAGGAGCCUUGUCAGUCCUGCUCUAUUAUGUAAUUUCCUAUACUUAUAGUUAUUCUCGUUGCAAGAUGUUAUUGCGUAACAGUAAUAGUUAACGGAUAAGAAGGUGGACUGAGGUAAACGUCAUGUGACUUCCUCUGUCAGUCAUGUACGUAAUAUAAUAUGUGAUGAUAUAUGUUUAUGCUGUUAUAUCUCA